AUGGAACAAUAUCCUGACUUAAGACGUGUCUAUCAACAAAAAUUUUAUUUUAUUUUGGUUGAUGAAUUUCAAGAUACAUCAAAAAUUCAAUUUGAUUGGGUAAAAUUAUUAUUGAGACCGAAAAAUAAUGAUGAAAAAGUAAAUUGUUUUAUGGCUGUUGCUGAUGAUGAUCAAUCCAUUUAUUCGUUUCGUGGAGCAAAAGCAGCGGAAAAUGUUGAAGCUUAUUUGAAAACAAUGAAAUUAGAUCGAAAUAAUUCAAAAGAUGUUAUUAAAUUAGAGCAAAAUUAUCGUAGUACAGAUAUUGUGUUACGUGCUGCUAAUGCUGUUAUAGCAAAUAAUAAAGCACGAUUAGGAAAAUCAUGGUGGACCGAUAUGAAAAAUGGCGAACGUAUAUCUCUAUGUCAAAUGGAGGAUAAUAUUAGUGAAGCAAAAUAUGUUGUCGAUGUAAUUCGAGAAUUUAAACAACAAAAUUCAACAAUAUCCUAUUCACAAAUUGCUAUAUUAUAUCGAACAAAUGCUCAAUAUGUUGUUAAUGGUGAAGAAAUAUAUCGAAAACCAAAAUCAAAUGCCAAAUUACAUGAACAAGCCAAUUAUGUAUUUAAUCAAGCACAAAUAAUUGACCAUUAUAAAAAGAAACAUGAAAAUGAACGUGUUGAUAAUAUUCAAGAAUUCUCGAGAUCUUCAUUACGUAUAAUUUAUGUUUCUUUGCAGGAUAAUUCACCACAAGAUGGUAAAAUUGAUUCAUCUCAUAUUGAUGCUGUUCAACUAAUGACUGUUCAUGGUUCAAAAGGAUUGGAAUUUCAUUAUGUAUUUAUUGUUGGGUUGAAUGAAGGUUUAUUUCCGUCAUCAUUUUCUGAUACGGAUGAAGAAGAAGACAGACGUUUGAUGUAUGUUGCCAUAACACGAGCAAAACGUGUUUUACAUUUGACACAUUCACGAAGACGUAUGCAUUUUGGUGAAUGGAAAAAUUGUCAAAGAUCCAAAUUUCUCAAUGAGAUUCCUAUAGAUUUGAUACGUCAAAUUUAUGACCCACAAUUGAAAUUUAAUAGCAAAAAUGAUACAACACCAUCACCUCAUAAAAAAAUGAAAACAACAGCGACAACAACACCAAUGGCCUUUAUGAGUGGUAGUAGUUUGUUGAAGCUAAACAAUAAUAAGAAAACGAACAAAUCAUUUUAG